AUGGCUCAUGAAGCAAUGAAAUAUGAUCUUCAGGUGCAGUUAGAUCAUGGUGCUGCAGAACAGCCUGCUCCUCCUGAAGUGGUCAGCGGCCAAGGGGGACCACCCCUGCUCCAGCCUUCUCAUACUGAAGUGGUCAGCAGCCAGGAAGGACCACCCCUGUUUGAGCCUGCACCUGCUGCAGUGGUCAGCAGCCAAGGGGGACCAGCCCUGCUCCAGCCCCCUCCUGAUGAAGUGCUCAGCAGCCAAGAGGGACUGCCCCUGCUUCAGGCUGCUCCACAGGUAUCCAUUGAUAUGACAGAGGAGCUCUCAGGAGAAGAGACUGUGGAGAACAUCAAUCCAGGAGUUUCAGAGGAGAGUAGGCAGGAAUCUGGUGCUAACCACACUGCCCAAGUAUCUUCAUUGGAUUCAGUGAACAGCUUCAUCAGUGGGCUGCAGAGACUUCAUGGCAUUCUGGAAUUCCUGAGACCAACUUCGGACCACAGGGUGGGGCCGGUGAGAGCUAGGAUUAGGAGGAGUUCUGCUUCACAGAGGGCAAGAGCUGGAGGGUCUCACAGGACAAACAGGACAAACAGGUUGAGAGCACCGUUGGAGGCUUACUUUCAAGUGAGCAGGACGCAGCCUCAUUCGCCAGCCACCUCUUAUGGUUCAGAGACUAGGAAUCCUGUCUCUGAAGACUUGCAGGUAUCAGAUAGUUCUGACAGUGACAGCGCCACAGAGUAUGAAGAGGGAGUUGUCCAGGCAGAGGAACCUGGAGCUGUUGUUUUAGAAGAGCAACUCGGAGAUACCUCAACGGAGCAAGAAGUUACAUGUAUUGGUGGAGGAGAGACUCUCCCCAAACAGCAGUCUCCCCAGAAGUCUAAUCCUCUUCUAGCUUCUGCUUCUGUGGACGAGGAAGAAGUGGACACUUGCACAAUAUGUUUGGAACAGUGGACCAAUACUGGGGAUCACCGGCUCUCGGCAUUGCGCUGUGGGCACCUCUUUGGGUAUAAGUGCAUUUCUAAGUGGCUCAAAGGACAGGCACGAAAAUGUCCUCAGUGCAACAAAAAAGCCAAGCACAGUGACAUCGUUGUCCUUUAUGCCCGAACCCUGAGAGCUUUGGACACUAGUGAACAGGAGCUCACAAAAAGUUCCUUAGAAGAGGAGCAGAUGCUAAGGAAGAAGGCUGAGUUAGAAUCGGCACAGUGCCGGCUCCAGCUUCAAGUCCUCACUGAGGAAUGCACUAAGCUUCACAGUCAUGUUCAGGACUUGAAAAAACUUAUUGUGCAGCAUCAGGGUCAGAUUUCACAGCUGACCGGGAGUUCCCAAGCAGGUUUCCUAAGCAGCCUGUCCUCCAGCCAGAGCCAACACAAGUACCAUUUCCAGAAGACAUUCACAGUGUCUCAAACAGGAAACUGCCGAGUCAUGACAUACUAUGAUGCUCUGAGCUGCCUGGUAGUAUCACAGCCUUCUCCUCAGGCCUCCUUCCUUCCAGGCUUUGGUGUUAAGAUGUUGAGUACUGCCAACAUGAAAAGCAGUCAGUAUAUUCCCAUGCAUGGCAAACAGAUACGUGGACUGGCUUUCAGCAGUCGAUCCAAAGGCUUACUUCUCUCUGCUUCCCUAGACAACACUAUUAAACUGACCAGCCUGGAGACAAAUACUGUGGUCCAGACUUAUAAUACUGGACGUCCUGUCUGGAGCUGCUGCUGGUGUCUUGAUGAAAACAAUUACAUGUAUGCUGGAUUGGUCAACGGUUCAAUUCUGUUGUAUGACCUUCGAAACACAAGCUCUCAUAUCCAGGAGUUAGUACCUCAGAAAGCUAGAUGCCCGCUGGUAUCCCUGUCAUACAUACCCAGAGCUACCUCGGCUGCAUUUCCAUAUGGUGGGGUGUUGGCUGGAAGCUUGGAGAAUGCUUCCUUUUGGGAGCUGAAAAUGGGCUCUACUCAUUGGCCUCAUGUGCUGCCCAUGGAGCCUGGGGGCUGCAUAGACUUUCAGACAGAGAGCAGCACCCGGCACUGUCUUGUGACCUACAGGCCUGAUAAAAGUCACAGCACCUUACGAAGUGUACUCAUGGAGAUGUCCUAUAAGCUGGAUAAUGCUGGAGAGCCAAUCUGUUCCUGCCAUUCUGUACAAACAUUCCGUGGGGGACCCACUUGCAAACUACUGACCAAAAGUGCCAUUUUCCAAAAUCCAGAGAAUGAUGGCAGCAUCCUGGUGUGUACUGGGGAUGAAGUGUCAAAUUCUGCCCUGCUGUGGGAUGCUGGCAGUGGCUCGUUGCUGCAGGAACUGCAGGCUAAUCAGCCUGUCUUGGACAUCUGCCCAUUUCAGGUGAACCAUAACAGCUACUUGGCUACCUUAACAGAGAAGAUGGUCCACAUCCAUAGGUGGGAGUGACCAUGGUCUUGAAACAUGUCGGGCAUGCUGCUGGUUAAUGUUAAAUGUUGUUUCUUAGCACCUGGCAGCCCUGAGCAAGAUCUGUGCUUAUUGUCUGUGGCCUAGAACUUUUGGGAUCGUGG